AUGGAGGAAGACUGGGACCGACGCGGCGAUGACCAAGAGGAAGAUCAAGAAGGAGAGGAGGCAGAGAACCAAGAAGAUGAGGAGGAGGAAAGCGACGAAGAGUGGCAGGAGCAAGUCGAGGACGAAGGUCAAUUCGAUAUCCACAACGAUAAGAAUGAGCAUAUUGAGAAUGUUGAGGAGCCUGUUGUCUUGGAGCCUGUUGAAUGUCCCGAGGACCCUAAAAACGAACUUGUCCAGAAAUCCGGGGAUCUCGUCGAGGUCCCUACCAAAGUGUCUGGCAGCGGGCCUGAAGAGGACCAUAAAGAGACUGUUGAAGAGUGUGAGAAGCUCGAGGAUCCUGCCAAAGAGUCUAGCGAUGAAUCUGAAGAGGAGCUUGGCGUCGCUGCCAAAGAGUCUAAGGAGCUCGAAGAGUCUGCCAAGGAGCCUGACGAACUCGAAGAUUCUGACAAGGCGUCUGAGGAGUCUGCCGAAGAGUCCGAGCUCGAGAAAAAAGUGUCUAGCGAUGUGCCUGAAGAGGAGCCAGGCGUCGCUGCCAAAGAGUCUGAGGAGCUCGAGGAGCCUGCCAAAGAGUCUAGCGAUGUGCCUGAAGAGGAGCCAGGCGUCGCUGCCAAAGAGUCCGAGGAACUCGAGGAGCCUGACGAGGUGUCUGAAGAACUCGAGAAUUCUGCCACAAAGCCUGCCGAGGAGUUCAAGCAAGUUGCGGAAAAGGGGUCUGAAAAUGCAUCUCAGAAACUUGGUGAGGAACCCGAGGUACCUGUCGAAAAACCCGGGGAAGAGACUUUGGCGAAAAAAGAGGACCCAUUCAAAGAGAAAGAGGACAUCCUGGAGAAUGAGGCUCACAACAGUGGAGACGUGAAACUCUUCGACCCGGAGCCCAAAGAUUUAGAGACAUCCAUGGACGAGGUAUACGAGCGCUAUGAUCCUGUCCGCAGCGCGGGCGAACGCUCCGACAAAGCACUUCCUUCCCGACCAGAGCCAGCGAAUGCGAUGGACGACUGUACCUCGGAGCCUGCCUCGCAUCCCCCUCGUGGCGCGACAGACAGCCCCGAUGCGCCGGUCCCUCGUUUCGAGCCACCAGAUAUGAUGUCCGAGCGGGAACCUUCACCGGGCGAGCCUGGCCCUAGCGAGACGACACGUCAGACCGAUGCUCAGCCAGCCCCUCAUCCCCCCCGCAAUACCUCUGUGUCUCCUACGCCCACUAAGUCCCAUAUCGGUGCUCCUGCGCGGGAGCAAGUCGCGGAUCACAUGGAGAAGCUGCGUCCACCGCUGUACGAGGACAUGAACGACUCGUCAUUGUCGACGUUAGACAGUGACUUGUCGCUGCCUACAUCGCUGUUGGACAGUCCGCAUACGACGCGGUCGCACUGCCCUCUGCAGCGCGUCACACUGACACGCGCGGUCGGUGCGCCGACCUUCCUGGUGCGCUCGUGCACGCUGAAUCCCUCAGUUCUCGACGAGGAGGCCGCAGAGAGUGAAGAAGUGUUAUUUGACAGUCUCGAGAUGCGGCGACUUGAUGCUGACGCGCUCCCUGAAGAUGUGUACCACUCGCUGUGCCGUAUUGUGGGCACGAGUUUGCUAAGCGAUGUGUAUGUGUUGCCGGGUAGUCUGGGCGAUCAUUGGAUGGAGCAAGACAGCCGUCAAGAGUCGACAGAACGGCCUGAGGCGCACCGACUACCCAAGCGUGCGCGCCAAUCGCCGUCCCCGCCGCGGCGGAUGCGUCUGCGCACGGCCCAAGAGCGCCGGCGUCCGCGGAUGUACUCGCCAGAUUUGUAA